CUGGCUGCGGCAGCUCGUUUCGUGAACUUGGGGUAUGAUUAUUGCCUGGAUUGCUACAGAUGUUGUAUGUGCUCGAUACCCAAGUAGGUGUUGAUAGAUGCUGUUGCAAGGAAGAAAAUUUGGGAUGAGCUCGCGACAUCGACCCCGCCAAAAAGCAAAAUAAACAUCCUCUUCUCCCACCACAACCACAACCUCAACAUCACAAUUAUCCUCGACCCCAGUACCCCAGCAGAUGCGCAAAAUGUCGAUGCAUACAGUAGCCAAUCUACCCCGCCUCUCCUCUACCACCCUGUCCGAAAUCCUCUUGUCGAAUUCCUCCUCGAAUCUCGAUGCCUCGACCCCUCCCUCGAAGAUAGCAAUAAUAGACGUCCGAGACGACGAUCACAUAGGAGGCCACAUCAAGCACUCCAUCCACGCCCCAUCCCACACCCUCGACCACAAGAUCCCCGAACUCGUCCGCAAGCUCAAAGACAAGGAGACCGUCGUAUUCCACUGCGCAUUAUCCCAGCAACGUGGACCUUCUGCGGCUCUGCGGUACAUCCGCGAAAGAGAACGAUCGAUGGGAUUGGGAGCACAUAUCGAGAGCGGGAGUGGGGUUGGGCAGGUGCUGAAAAAGAAUAGGGAAGACGAGGCACAAGAGGGAGAGGAUAGGGAUGCUGAGUGGGAGGAUGUUGAGGAAGAGAAGAAGGAACAGAAGGUUUAUGUGUUGGAUAGGGGAUUUGUGGGCUGGCAGGAGAGAUUUGGUGAGGAUCCGAGGCUGACGGAGGGGUAUAGGAAGGAGAUCUGGAAGGAUGGGUAUUGAUACAAGAUAGAGUGUCUUGCUUGGGGCAAUGGUAUUCUGCAUGGGCAGGAGUUCAUAGACGGAGAUCAUGGGAGACGGCUGCGAAGCCACGUUUGCUGAUGCCAGAGCCUAUGGGAAGGGCAUUGAGACAUCAAGAGGAUAUACCUAGCGACAUGUGCUUCAUCAGCUCGUCAGAUCAACCAUCAAGAAGGACACUGUAGUUCAGCAGCAUGGAAUUUGGCUCGCAGCCAAUAAUGUAUUCGAAGCCGUAGGUAGGAGUUAUGUCAAUCACUCUCUACCUGACGGGUGCUUCUGUCUCUGCCCUGAUGUUGAGGAUGGCUCAAAUCGAUUUGCACGCUUUAUUGUCUACUUGAACUCG